CCUCCAGAGCCUCCCAGCCACAUGUACAAAGCCAAGGCUGCUUGGGAGAGGAAGAAAAACUGAUUCCCCACCAGCAGCAUGAUUUGGCCUUGCCUGGUCCUCACCUGCACCUUCCUCCCAGCGAUCCUGAGUCGGAACCAGGAGGAGAAGCUACUCAAUGAUCUGAUGGCCAACUAUGACCGCAACUUCCGCCCAGCCAAGGACGAGAGGGACAUUGUUGACAUUUCGCUCAAGCUGACCCUCACCAACCUCAUCACGCUGAAUGAGAGGGACGAGGCGCUCACAACCAGCGUUUGGUUAGAACUGAUAUGGAAGGACUACCGCCUGCAGUGGAAUGCAGAUCACUAUGACAACAUCCAGUGUUUACGGAUCCCCUCCACCAAGGUGUGGCUGCCGGAUAUUGUUCUGGAGAACAACAUCGAUGGGGUGUUUGAAGUCGCCUUGUAUGCCAAUGUGUUGGUGUCUCCUGACGGUAGCAUCACCUGGCUGCCCCCAGCCAUCUACCGCAGCGUGUGUCCUAUUGUUGUCACCUACUUCCCUUUCGACUGGCAAAAUUGCUCCAUGGUAUUCCAGUCCCAGACCUACAAUGCCCGCGAAAUCAACCUACUGUUGAGAGUUGAAGAGCAACAGACAAUUGAAUGGAUUGCUAUUGAACGGAAAGCUUUCACAGAGAACGGGGAAUGGGCAAUUAAAUACCGGCCGGCCAAGAAGGUAGUGAACGCGACACAUUUCACACCAGAUGAUAUCGAGUACCAGAAGAUCACCUUCUUCCUAAUAAUCCAGCGGAAGCCACUCUUCUACAUCAUCAACAUCAUCAUCCCUUGUGUGCUCAUUUCCUCCGUCUCUGUGCUCGUGUACUUCCUGCCGGCAAAAGCUGGUGGGCAGAAGUGCACGGUUUCGAUCAACGUCCUCCUAGCCCAGACCGUCUUCCUCUUCCUGGUUGCAAAAAAGGUCCCUGAAACCUCCCAGGCGGUGCCACUCAUUGGAAAGUACUUGACCUUUCUCCUGCUGGUCACCAUCGUCAUAGUCGUGAAUGCUGUUAUUAUACUCAACGUUUCUCUAAGGACCCCCAGUACCCACUCCAUGUCCGCACGAGUCCGGCAGGUGUUCCUGCGGCUGGUGCCACGUUAUCUGGGCAUGCACAUGCGACGCAUUGAUGUGCCCACCAGGAAUCUGCCCAUCCGUCGGCGGAGCUCGCUAGGGCUCAUGGCGAAAGCUGAUGAGUAUAUGCUGUGGAAGGCGAGGAGUGAGCUCCUCUUUGAGAGGCAAAAGGAACGAGACGGGCUGAUGAAGGUCCUCCUGGCACAGAUAGGUGAGAGCUUAGAGAAUGGAGGUCCCCAGGACUUUUGCAACAGCCUUCGCCACGCUGCACCGGAGAUCCAGGCAUCUGUAGAUGCCUGCAAUCACAUCACAAAGACUUUAAAAGAGAAGAAUGACUUUGACAGCGAGAACGAAGAGUGGAUCCUGGUGGGGCGGGUCAUCGACCGCGUCUGCUUCCUCGUCAUGGCCUCCGUCUUAAUUUUUGGAACUAUCGGCAUCUUCCUGAUGGUGUGCUUCAAUCAGGUGCCUGCAGAGCCUUUUCCGGGGGACCCCAAGCAAUACCUGCCCUUGGAAUGAGGUGUGGGGGUGUGUGAUGGUGACAGUCUUGUGAAACCAGUUGUGACACUGAAGUUUGCUUAUUUAGUUAAAUAUGAAUAUUGCUUAUUUUGGGAAUUGUAGUAUAGUAAAUUUACAGUUAAUUUACUUGUGUGUGUGUAAAAAGAAAUGCUAAUUUGCUGACUGGUAUUGUUUGUAUAAAGCUGCGUUUGCAAAAUGACUGGGAAAAUUAAGUCUUGUUGCAAUGUCCAGCUGUGCUGAAGAAGCAAGUAUCAAACUUUGUUGCAACGUUCAAGGUGAAAAUGGGAAAAACAAGUGUGAAUAACAACUCCAAAUAUGGAGCUAGGAAGAAGAUGGGCAUGGAUUAAAGUGAUGUAAGGAAAAUGAAAGUGAUGUAGUUAUGAUGAUAAUGAUGCUAAUGUAAUUAACAUAACAAAGCUGAUAAAAAGGCUAGCAAUGCUGAAUUUUGCCAGAACUGGCUUAGCUACUUCUCCACGUGCACGUGUUAGAAAUAAAUACACUCCUACUUCAUAUUGUUUCGUUCAUUUCUGAACUCUAUUGGGGUGAGUAUUGGGAGCGAACUCAAGCCAUUAGGACCCCUAAAAGGGGCUAAGGCGUUUUGUUUGUAACAAAUUGGCGACAUUCCGCCAGGACUCAUUUUUCUGGCGUUCCUCUUUGCCUCGGGCGUGGUCCACAGGAGGUUGGGGAAAGAGCGCUCCAGGCUAUCUUCAGCCUGCCUGAGCCUGUGAGAGCGGAUCGGGGCGACGAGGCAUCGCCAUAAUGACUCCCUUUUAAAAUCGAAACAAGGUUGGAGUGGAGCAGGGGAUUGAACGUUCCAACGUCUUUGGUUGGCAGUGGUAAGGAGCCCAGUGGGCUUAAGUGUGAAGAGAGUGGUGUGUGGAAGUGUGUGUAUGAGACAGGGCGUAUCCCCAGGUGGUUUACCCUGAAGUGAGUGUGGACCGUGAGUAGCACGUUUCCCUACCCCCGCGACGAGAAGGGCCGCGAAAACCGGGAAGCGAGUGUCAUACAUCAUCUGUCCGUUGUUUUGUCUCAGACACCCCCCAGGUUAGACGGAGAGGCUACCAGAAAAUGGGGCAGGGUGCUUCAAAACAGGAGAGGACAGAAGGGACAGGACACAGGGAAGUUAAGAAAGGGUCUGGAAAGAGUCAAAAGAAGAAAGGCGAUUGGAAAAUGACCCUCCUUGAAUGUGUUUUGCAAAAUUUUCCUAGAUUUAAGAAAAAUGUUAUUUCUUCUGGAGGGC